AUGAGUGAAGAAAACAGGGAUCUCGUACGUCUCGCAGGCGAAUAUGCCGACAGAGACAUCGAUCUUUACAAUCUCCUCGGUGUCGACGCGCUCACGGCAAAGGAAGACAUCCACCGCGCGUGGAGGAAGCGCUCCAUCAAGUACCACCCGGACAAGGCCCGCGAAAACUUUGACCCCGAGAAAUGGGAGCUCUUCGAGAAGGCGCGAGACAUCCUGUCGGACGCGAGCGCGCGCGCCGUGUACGACGGAGCCAGCAAGGCCAAGCUCCUGCGCAAGCAAGAGCGCGAGGCCAUGGACAAGGAGCGCAAGAAGUUUGCCGAUGAUCUCGAGGCGCGAGAAGACGCCGCCAGGAGGGCGAGGGAGGAGAAGCAGCAAAGGGACCGGGAGAUGCUGCAGAAGGAGAGGGAGAGACUGGCGGAGCAGCAGCAGUUGCGGGCCGAGGAGACGAGACGGCAGGCCGAGGCCGCGCAGGAGGUGGAGGACCUGGCCGAAGCUAGAAGGCGGCUGAAGGAGAAGAAGGACGAGAAGGCGAGGAAGAAGCAGGCCAAGGAGAGCAUGAAGGCAACUCUCGGGUCCGUCGGCAAACCCUCUGGCCCUGCGAAUGGGGUCGUCAACGUUCCGGGGGAUUAUGUUGCGGAUCUGGCUCUCAACAAGCAGUACUGGGAGCUGGUCUGCGACAAACUACGCGCUAUUCAGGCAGUCAGGAAUUUGCAGAAGGAAGACACGCCAGCAGAAAUUUUGCAAGAGGCAGAGAGGGUCGUUCAGGAGGUCCGGGGCAAGAUUCACGAGGCCGAGGCCAGGUAUCAGCGUGAAACGGCAACCACCUAA